CUUGCCGUCUGCAGGAUAUUAGAUCUGGGCUCUCUUUAAAUUUGAAUGAGAACUGAAGAAGACUGAACUUCUUGUUUUGGGCGUUCGUUUUUAAAGGCAUUAUUUAUCUUAAACUUGCUCAUUUGGUGCACUGUAUUAAUGCAGACAUAGGUCAUAUUUGAUUUGAUUCUUUUAUGCUGAUCAAAUAUGUGUUUUAAAGAUUUUGAGAGAGUCAACAUUGCAUUUUUUUCUUCUAAAACUGAUUUGUUUCCUAUGCAGCUCUUUAUGUAUAGAAAUCAAUCAAUAUUUAUUUGCACUACUCCACAGGGUUUACUGGAAUUUUGACCUGUGUAUACAUAAACUGUAAAAUAUGACCUUUUGUGCUUAAAUCUUUGAAUGGUUUGGCCUCUAAUCGUUCAUACUGUCAGUGAGUAAGGUGCUGUCGUCUGCUGUGUGUGUGUGUGUGUGUGUGUGUGUGUGUGUGUGUUGAAGCACAUCUAGUUUUUCUAGUCUGCUGCUCAUUUCCUUCAAAUGCCUGCUCAGUUAAACUGGAGAGCUUCUUAUCUGACAUACUUUUAAAUAAAUGUGCUUUGACUGCAUGUGAUAUUUCUUUAAAGUGCAUUUUCAGUUUCAGAGCAUGAUAAAAAGCGAGUUGACUUCUACAAAGCCAGAUCUGUCUUGACUGAAUCUUUUGUUUCUUAGACCUAGAAACAGUGUUCUUAAGGGGGAGUGAGAUCUGGGGCACGCUCUGAAAUUCUUUAAUCUUUCGCAGCUCUGAUUGAGAUCUUUUAAGACUUUAAUACCGAGUCUAAUCACACACUUGACUUUACCUCCCGCCAGCUGCUGCCUCUUGCCCAUGAGCUGCUGGCAGGAAUAGAGCCCACAAACAUUGUAGAAAUUCAUUCACAUUUUCAGACUUGCUGUGUAAAGUUUGAUGUAUGCGUGACUUAAAGGCCACUGCUUCCUGCUUGUCUUAUACUCGAGCCAAUGUGAAGGAAUACAAGACACACCAAUCACGAGUGGGUGUUUUCAACCUGUUUUGAGGAAUUUGCAGCUCAUUUUUGAUAUUCUCAGAAAUCAGCUGCUUGUGAGACAAUCCCAUCAUGCACUGGUGCAACACUAAAAGAGCUGCAUUGAUCUGCCCGGGCCUCUGAACCGAGCGGUUCAGUCAUUGAUUCCCCAGAACGCUCUAGAUCUGCUCUGGGUGUGUAUCCGGGGCCCAUGGCUCUGAUUGGGGCCCUGGGGCCGGGGGCAGCUCGAUGCAGUGAAGGACGCAGCGUCCCUGGAUAUGAUGCUAUAAAAGCCCGUGCUGGUUCUGAGAGAGGAAAGGGAAUGAGGAGCUGGCUUCGUCAAGGCAAGAAGUUUAGAUUGUUUCAUCCUCACAGAGGCGCUUCAGAGUGUACAGUAGCCCCGGUGGCCAUGGAGGACAGUGACCGCGAGGCCGACUCGGCGUCAGAUGAGCAGGACUCUGUGCCAGCCUCUCCUGAGCCCCGGCAGCAUGAGGCGGACCAGCACUUCCCUAAGGAAGACUCGGAGGACUCAGAGCUGGAGCACAUCAUGGGACAUCACCCGCUGGCCCACCACGGGCCCCAUAGGGCUGAUAGUGAGGGCGAGGGUCACAGCAGACCCCACACCCCGGGGACGCCCACCUUCUUGAGGCCCGCGGUGGCCCCCAGGGGCCCCGGAGACACAGACCACGAGUCCAGAUACGGGGCUCCUCGGGGCCGAGUGGACUUUAGCCUGCCGUCCCCCAUCAGCCCAUCCAGGCCUAAGAGCCCCUGGGGCCGCUAUGACCCCUAUGACUCCACUGAGGACCAGGACAAGGAGUAUGUGGGAUUUGCGACUUUGCCAAACCAGGUUCACCGCAAAUCUGUGAAGAAGGGCUUUGACUUCACUUUAAUGGUAGCAGGAGAGUCCGGUUUGGGAAAGUCCACCCUGGUCAACAGUCUGUUCCUCACAGAUCUCUACAAGGACAGAAAGCUGCUCAAUGCUGAAGAGAGGAUCACUCAGACGGUGGAGAUCACCAAACACACGGUGGACAUCGAGGAGAAGGGUGUGAAGCUGAAGCUCACGAUCGUGGACACACCAGGCUUUGGGGACGCUGUCAAUAACACUGAAUGCUGGAAGUCGGUGGCAGACUACAUCGACCAGCAGUUUGAGCAGUACUUCAGAGACGAGAGCGGACUGAACCGCAAGAACAUCCAGGACAACCGUGUUCACUGCUGCCUGUACUUCAUCUCGCCCUUCGGUCACGGGUUACGGCCUCUGGAUGUGGAGUUUAUGAAGGCUCUUCACGAGAAGGUCAACAUUGUUCCUGUGCUAGCUAAAGCCGACACGCUGACCCCAACAGAGGUCAAGAAAAAGAAAAUCAAGAUCCGGGAGGAGAUCGAGCAGUACGGAAUAAAGAUCUACCAGUUCCCAGACUGUGAUUCAGACGAGGACGAGGACUUCAAACAGCAAGACCAAGAGCUCAAAGACAGCAUCCCCUUCGCCGUGAUCGGCAGUAACACAGUGGUGGAGGCCAAAGGCAAGAGGGUCCGAGGACGUCUGUACCCCUGGGGCAUUGUAGAAGUGGAGAACCCAGCGCACUGUGACUUUGUGAAGCUGAGGAACAUGCUGGUCCGAACACACAUGCAGGAUCUGAAGGACGUGACCCGGGAAACACACUACGAGAACUACAGAGCGCAGUGCAUCCAGAGCAUGACCCGCAUGGUGGUGAAAGAGCGCAACCGCAACAAACUGACCAGGGAGAGCGGCACCGACUUCCCCAUUCCCAUGGUGCCCGGCGUCACCGACAGCGAGACGGAGAAGCUGAUCCGCGAGAAAGACGAGGAGUUGAGGCGGAUGCAGGAGAUGCUGCAGAAGAUCCAGGAGCAGAUGCACACGCAGAAAGAGGCGUAUUAACAGAGAAAAUCAGCGGAGUGAGUGAGAUCGCAACGGGAUUCACGUCUGGGUCGCAUUUCAACACAAAAUAACAAAAGACAAAAAAUAAAAGACCUUUUUCUGCAUUGUAACAUUAUUGUCUUGAUAGUGAAUCACAUUUAAACCCCAAACUAUAAUUAAGGUAAUGUUAUGAAAAAAGAAAAUGCAUACAGACAUGUUACUUUUAAAUUAUUAUUUUUAUUUUUAUUUUUUUUGGACAUUUAUUUGUCUACUGCUAUUAUCAAAAUCUAAGCCUAUCUAAGUGUCUGAACAAACAUAGAAUAUGUUAUUUUGAGUUGAAACUGAACCCAGACAUGUUGAUAUAAAUCAGUGGAAUCAAUGGAACAUUUUCAUUGCACAAAACAAAGAUUAUUUAGAUUAUUAAAAUGACUGGCAAAAAGAGUCCGUGAAAGGUUCUCUGAGGAACCCGACUGCUGCAAAAAAUGAAUUAAACUGAAAGUUCUGCGCAGUCUGUUUAUUAAAGAAUAAUAUCUCUGUGUAAUGCAGACUCUGCUCGUGGUCCAGUAUGUGUUUCUACCCCAGGAUUGAUAUCAUAGGAAAGAUUCAACGGAAUUAUUUAAGUUUUUUGUUGUGUUUUUUUUUUAAUUUUUACAACUUUAUUUUGUAUAAUGUUCAUUAAUUGCAUUGGUUGUAAUGUAUGUCUUUGGUUUUGUUGUAUUUCUAUAUAAAACUACAAAAGCUUCUUUUAGAAAGUUUUUACAUGGAAAAAUAAUCUUUUAUUUUCUUAUUGGAGAAAUAACGUACUGUAGAGAGAUAUUUUUGUUAACACAGCUAACCCAUGAGUUCUUGUUGCUCUGGAGGAGAUGUCUUCUCGUCUCUGAUGUGUUCCUCACGCUCUCUCUCUGAGCUGCUGGAAACCUUCUGUGUUCUAGACAUGGGCUUACAGUCCACACAAACAAAGGAUAUUUCUCCAUAUCAUAUAUAUAUAUAUAUAUAUAUAUAUAUAUAUAUAUAUAUAUAUGUAUAUUUUCUUGGGUAAUGUUGGUGAACACUUAGCAAACGGCAUUGAGUUCUGCAAACUGUGGAUAAAUAAACCCAUUUACUAUGGACUAUA